AAUUACAUUGGUUAGGAAAGUAGGAGGAUCCUGCAGCGAGAAGCUUGCAUGAGCACUGUCCUGCACCCUGUAGCAUGCUCUAAUGCAGAGUACUCCAUGUCCUUGUAUUUGUCUUUUUGUUUUGGGAAGGCUGUUUAACGUGACCACACCAUAAAGAUGCGUGACGUGUUGUUUGAAGAGGAGCAGCUCAAGUUCAGACGCGUCGGUGGCUCCACACGGGACGCGCUUUAAACUUUCCACCAGCUCUAUUUUGUUGUUUUCACUUUUAUUAUCUUGUUUUUACGUCCGCGUGUUUGGUCGCUGUCGGUUUCGAUAGUUGAAAGAGACGGGGCUUGUGAAGCGAGCUGUCCAGACAUGGAGGUACACGAAGCGCACCCGGAGACCAGACCGACGGAAGGCUGUUUUGACAGGACGUUCUCGGCUCUGACUGUGGAUGAUGUGUAUGAAAUAGCCAAACUGAUCGGCACCGAAGUGGAGAAACUUAUCGAUGGAUGCGGUAAAGAAAGCGUCGUGGGCUUGGUGCCGAAGAUAGUGAAAGUACUGGAGUUGCUGGAGAGCUUCGCGUCGAGGAACCACGCUCACCAGCUGAAGGAAGAGGAGCUGCUGAAGACCUUCGAGACGAUCCAGCUGCAGCAGCAGAAAAAACGUGCGGGGAAGGAGAGCGAGGAGGGCGGCGAUAAACGUGAAACGCGGGAGCUGCAACAGAAGGAGCAGCAGUGGAGAAGGAGGUGUGAGGAGCUACAGGUUCAGGUUCAGCAGCUCCAGGAGGACAGGGAGGAGCUGCAGAGCAGGCUGAAGGGCAGCCAUGCGCAGGGAGACCGUGUCAAGCGGCAGGAGCGAGAGGUGAUGCUGAAGCUGAAGGAGGUGGUGGACAGGCAGAGAGAUGAGCUGAGAGCCAAAGUUCAGGAGAUAACCACCAUCUCCAAAGAGGUGGAGGCGCUCCAGGAGCAGUUGGAUCGCUUCAUGAAAAUGAACGCUGAGCUGCGACACAAGCAGGACAUCAUGCAGGCCCAGCUGAAGAGCACCGUGGAGAGGAAGGCCGACAUGGAGGCAGACCUGAAGGAGAAAAACAAAGAGAUCGAAAACCUCCAAGCACAGCUGGACAGAACCAACAGCAACGGCCCUGCCAGUCCAAGUCAGUCAGCUUGUGUGUCAACAGAAAAAUCUGCGGUCACCAAGAAGGAUCCCGAUCAGCCGUGCUUCACCAAGAAGGAGGUGCGUGACAUCAUUUUCGAAAGGAACGAGCUAAAAACCAACCUGUUCCUGGUGCAGGAGGAGCUCAACUACUAUCAGAGGGAGAUCCUGAAUGAGGAGAGGUGCCCGGGUUUCCUGUUAGAAGCCGUACGCUCUGCCAUCAAAAAAAGGAGAAAGCUCAUCAAGGCAAAGAUGCUCGGGAUUCCUGUGAACGAAUGUACCAGCAGUGACGAGGAGGAGAGGAGUUCUCUCUUUGGGCAGACAGAAGUUGAUGGUACAGAAGUUGACGAAACUGACAGGCCAGCUGAGUCACGCAUCCGAAACCUCUUUGGUUUCCUGACGCGGUCAGGCAGCGGCCGGAGCCCCACCCACAUGAGCAACUCCGCCUCCAGCUGGGAGAUCAUUGGAGACUCAGAGGCCACUGAUGAAAGGGAACAGCAACGGCCCUCCUGAGCCCGGUACUGACCACAAGAGAAGCUUUUAACUGAAUCAGACUCUCUUCUUCCCUCAUUCACUACUUCUUGCUCACUCUGGUUGUGGCUCAGGAAAAGGAUUAUGUGGACAUUUGAAUGUGAGGAAAGAAAAUGUGGACAUGUUCGAACUCCUCAACUUUCUUUUUUUUUUGCUUUCAUUUCACUCUUGCCAAAAUCUUAUUUUCCCACAGAAGUGAUAAAUGGUAAUUGGUACUGCAGUAUACAGGGUAUGGUGUACCUCAGCAUUAAGAGGCAGCCUUGUUAACUCCCCACAUACAAGAAGUUUUAUUGUUAGUAAAGAAAAGAAAUGAGUUAUUAUACACAUAUUUAUGGAGAGCUUCAAAAAGUUUAACAAAAACCAAAGAUAUAACAAAGUUAUACAUUGUGAAAUGAAACUCUGCCCUCUAGUAUUAUGGGAUAGGUUCACCUCUUUUCCACAAGAUGGCGUUAGCUAAUUUUAUACCUAAUAAUCCAGAUUUUACCACAGAUUGAAUCAAUACAUUUGACCUCAAUAGAGAUAUUUUUAAGACACAUGUUCACUCAUAUAUUUUUCAUUAUUGGAAGCACUUUUAUGAUCCAGGACAAAAAAAACUGUGUUGUACUCAUAUAUAACCUGUCUCUUCCAAUGGUGAAUGCACUUUUACCCCUCAAGCCUUAAGUUAUGUUAUUAGAAAUAUAUUUUAAUUCAUUUCCAGUCAUUGCACAGAGCCAAAGCACCUGGCUGGUUUGUAUGUGAUGAAGGUGCCAUAAAUAUGCAUAAGUAUCUGUGCGUGUAAGCGCAUGUGGUCUGGCUGGUGCACCAGCCUCUGCACACUGGUUACUUAAGGGAAGCUGUGAGUUUCCUUGUAGAAAUGAGAAAAAAAACUGUAGUUUUUUUAGUUCCUAACACAAUUAGCUGACAAGUUACCAUAAAGUAUCUACAUUUACUCUGUCUGACCCUUUAGUUUCCUCUAAGUGUCCGACCAUAGCACUACUCAGACAAUAACAGACCAACCAGAAAUGUUGUAUUUGCUGAAACACAAUGAAUGACUUUCCAAUCAGAUCUUGUUCUCUUCUGAAAUACUGGGUUCACAGUUUAUUUUUGUAAGCAUGUUUUUAAUGUAGAAUUUUUGCUGCUUAAAAACAGAUUUCAGAUGUCACUUGCCCCCAGAGUGAAUUUUAUUAAAGGGAUGUGAUAAAAACAAUUCAAAAAGUGGAUUAUUUGUGAUAUUAAGAUUUCAAGAUUCAAUAAAAUGCAAUAAACACAGAACUGUAUGAAUUUCAAAA